AUGACUGACUAUUUAGAUUUCAAUGAUGCCGCUUAAAAAGAAUUUUAAAGAACUGGAAAUUAUAAGAAAAGAUAAUAAACUCUUAAGGAUCAAUAGAAAAGAGAGGAAAAUCCACCGACACUUGUGACAAUUCCAGGUUUUGAAACUGAGUGGUUUGAUAGACUCAUAAUGCUGGCAAUUGUUAUAAACUCUAUUUGUCUAAGUUUGUUUGACUAUAUGGAUAGAGAAGUUAAUACUUAAUAUAAUUUGAUACUUAAUUGGAUUGGAGAUGGAUUCACAUUAUUCUUCUUAUUUGAAGCUCUAAUAAAGGUUUUUGCAAUGGGAUUUAUUAUUCAUAAAAAAGCAUACCUCAGGGAUGGAUUACUUGAUUUGGUAGCAACUAGUGUGAAUCUAAAAUCGUUAAGGACAUUAAGAGUAUUGAGACCUCUAAAAAGUAUUAAUGCUAUUCCUAGCAUGAGAAGAUUAGUUAGCACAUUGUUUUAAUCUCUACCAGAAUUGGGGAAUGCAACUAUUUUUCUCUCAUUCAUGAUAAUUUUGUUUGGAAUUCUUGGACUGUAGCAAUUUAGUGGGAUUAUUUACUAUAAAUGCCGACUCACAGCAGUCCCAAUCAAUGAAAAUUACUGGCCGAAAUCUCCAAUAUACAACAGAGUAUGUUCAUAAUCAACAGAUGGAGGAUAUUAAUGUCCUGAUAAUUUAUAUUGCGGUAGCCCUCUAGAUGUUGGAAUAAGUCUUGAUGACGAUGGUGUAUAUUAUGAUAAAAAGAUUCAAUUUGGAAUAAGCUCUUUUGAUAAUUUUGGGUAGGCUGUUUUAGGAGUUUUCUAAAUUAUUACUAAAGACCAAUGGACAGAAUUGAUGUAUAAUCUUUAAGAUGGCUCGAAUUCUAUCUUUGCUAGAAUCUAUUGCAGCACAAUCAUUGUCUUGGGGUCAUAUUUCUUGCUCAAUCUAAUUCUUGCUGUUAUUAUGUCAAAUUUUACAAGAAUUUACCAGAUUGAUUAGGAAAAAGAGCUCAUAGAGAAAGAAAAAGUUUUCAAAACAGAUAAAAAAAUUAAAUACGAAAAUUUAACGACAUAAGAAAUUUUGAAUAUGUCCUCAAGUGAUGAUGAUAAUAUAAUUGAAAAUUUUGAGACCUAAUAGACUUAAAAAGAUAUAUAAAAAGCAUAGCAAAUGGAUGAGUAAAGAAAUUAAAUUACUUUAGAAGUUGAGUAGUUAGAUAGAAAUGUUUAAGAUGAGGAGAUAAAGGAUACUACUCCUAAUAAUAGAGGAUCCUUAGUUAAGUCAUCCCUAAUGUCUGAUUUGGUUUAAGAAGAUGAUGCAGUUACCCCAUAAUCAAAUCUCAGUAAAAUUAAAACAUUUUCAAAACCAAUUCCAGAUUCACCAAUGGGAUUUGGAUUAGAUAUUAUUUAAAAGCAAAUGACUGCUCAAGAUCCUUAGAGUAUUUCAAGGACAACAACUUCAAUGAGAAAAUUUUAAGAAAUCGAAGAGCAAAUGCAUGAAACUGAAGCAAUUGAUGAUAUUAAUUUGCGGCUAAAACUACAAUAAGCGAUGUUUGAACAAUAAGAGAAAAUUCUUCGGAAAAUGGAGUACGAUAUUAAAAAGAAAUAUGCAAUGAAGUAAGAAUGGGAAAAGAGAGUAUUAGAUGAAGCUCCCAAAGAUUCUGAGGCUAAGAAAAUGCUUAAGCAAAGAGAACUUGAUGAAGUAGAAAAAGAGAUAGACUAGGUUUCAAUCAUGAGUCUAAAGAUAUCAGCAAACUUGAAAUAAAUCAACCUUAAAGACCACCUUCAAAAAUUGAUUCUUAAUAAAUUCAAGUCACAGCUAAUCUAAAAGAACAUACUUGAGAAAAUGUUUACUAAAGUGGAGAAUCAAAUGACAAAAAAUAUAUUGCAGAUGAGAGCAAACAAGUUUUUCCUUUUUAAAUGUUUUUUUGGCUUGGAAUUGCUGCUUAAAAUGGCAGGAUUAGGAUUUGUUUAUUACUUUAGAGAUAAAUUCAAUUGGUUUGAUAGCUUAGUUGUCUUUGUUAGUAUGCUGGACUUAACACUUUAAUACACUAGCAUCAUUAAAGAUAUCUCCAACAUAUCUAUUUUACUAUUUCUUUUCAUUUACACCUACACUCUACUUGGUCUAGAAUUAUUUGCCUUCAAAGUAAAAUUUGAUGAAAGUAACAGACCCUCUUUUGGUCCUAAUUCAGACUAUCCUUAAUCAACUUUUAAUACCUUUAUGGAGGCAUUUAUCUCUGUUUUUAUAGUCCUAACUAAUGAUGGAUGGACUCCAAUUUAUUUUGAUCACUACAGAGCUUCUGAUUCAACUACUUCAAGCUUUUACUUUAUUACUUUACUAAUUAUUGGUCAAUUCAUUUUGCUCAAUCUCUUCAUUUCAAUACUUAUUGAAAACUUUGAAUAAGUAAGCGUGCAUCAAGAUACUGUAAAUAAGUUGAAGUAGCAAUCUAGUGGAAGUAGAAUUAAAAUUCUUCUUAGAAAACUAUAUUUCAAACUCUCUUGCAAAUAGUACGAAGAGGAAGAUACCAGUGAGGAAGCAAAAUCUUUCAAAAUCAAAUAAGAUAAGCUUGAAUAAAAGAGACCCUCACUUCAGAUUUUCUAGCCCAAGAAUAAAUUUAGACGAUUUUGCAAAAAGUAUUGCAAACACAAAAAUUUCGAAGGCUUAAUGUUAUUUAUCAUUUUAAUCAGCAGUAUUUAACUCGCUGUUGAUAAUCCUCUCAAUGAUCCUGAUGCCAUUUUAUCUAAGAUUCUUUCAAAUUUAGAUAUUGCUCUAACGGUUGCUUUUACGAUUGAAGCAAUUAUUUCGUUUACAAUUAGUUCAAAGAAUAUCAACUCAAUCAAAAUUUUAAGGCUACUCAAAGUAUUGAGGCCUUUAAGAGUCAUUUCAAGAAACUAAGGCCUUAAAAUUUCUAUUAGAUCUCUUGCUGUUUCUAUUCCGGGUAUUUUGAAUGUUGGUAUUAUUUCAUUAAUAUUUUACUUGAUAUUUGGAAUUAUCGGUGUCAACUAUUUCAAAGGUAGAUACUAUUUCUGUGAUAUGGAUCAUGUUCCAAGGGGCAAGUAAAUUUUAAAGAUGAUAGAUACAAAGUGGGAUUGCUUAUGCUUGGGAGGAGAAUGGAACAAUUACUUCUAGAAUUUUGAUGAUGCUUGGAUGGCAAUGUCUUCUCUAUUUAUGAUAUCUACAACUGUAGACUGGGCCUAAUUAAUGUAUCGAGGGGUUGCAAAUAGAGGCUAUGAUAUGGCUCCUAAAAAUUUGGAAAAUUUUGGUUUAACUUUUUUCUUUGUGGCUUUCAUGAUUGUCGCAAAUUUCUUCCUGCUAAAUUUAUUUGUAGGAGUAGUGAUUAGUACUUAUAACAGAGAAAAAGAAACAUUAGGCAGAAAUUUCUUGCUUACAGAAAAGCAAAGAAAAUGGCUAGAAAAUAAAAUAAUGAUGGUGUAAUCUAAACCAAUGCUCAUGAUGAAACUUCCUCAAAGUGAAUGGAGAUAACCAUUUUUUAAAUUGGCUCAAUUUGUUUGGUUUGAACGAUUUAUCUAUUUUUGUAUUAUUGCGAACACUGUUAUUUUAGCAAUUUAGUGGUAAAAUCAGCCAGUCAUUCUUGAUCUAAUUACUGAAAAAUUUAAUUAUGCUUUUGCUGGAAUUUUUACAUUUGAAGUCAUUGUGAAGUUUAUAGCAUAUGGAAAGAGAUAUUUUAAAGAUGGGUGGAAUAAUUUUGAUAUAGUUAUUGUCGUUAUGACAUUAAUCAGUAUUAUUUUAGCAUCUACUACUAGCUAUCAGCUUGGACCAUAGACUACCAUCAUUAGAUCGUUUAGAAUUGGAAGAAUUUUCAAGUUAUUUAGAAGGAACAAAUCAUUAAAAUCUAUAUUCUAAACGUUUUUAGUAACAUUGCCAGCAAUGGCAAACGUUGGAAGUCUUUUGAUACUAUUCAUAUUUAUCUACUCUAUUCUUGGAGUUUAUAUGUUUGCAGACAUAAGACUAAAUGGAGAAUUAAAUCAUAAUGCUAAUUUUUAGAAUGUCUCAAAUGCUUUCCUCUUACUUAUUAGGAUAUCUACAGGAGGAAACUGGUCAAAGCUAAUGUACUCAUUAUAAAAAGCCUCAAAUCUUUAGUAUCAAUGCAUUCAAGAUCCUACUUUUAAAGACUAUAAAAAUGCAGGAAGUUGUGGAGGAUUAGUUUUUCCAUACAUUUACUUCUUUUCUUACAUUUUAUUAGUUGAUCUUAUAUAUCUCAAGCUUUUUAUUGCUAUUAUUUUAUAAGGAUUUUAAGAUACAACGGAAAGAGAUAAUAAAUUACUUGAUUAGGAUGCUAGUGACAAAUUUAGAGAAGUCUGGUCACAUUUCGAUCCCGAUGCAACAACUUUUAUGAGGGCUCAAAGUUAUGGCUAAUUCUUAGCAUUAUUAGGUGAGCCUCUAGGUUGGGAUGAUACAUUUGAUUUCAAUUAUCUCAAGCAGAUUAACUAUCUUGAUGAAGUUAAUCUACCAAAAUACAAUGCACACACUGAUUACUAAUUUAUGGAUGUUUUUGAGAGUUUAGCACUUUUGAUGAUUGUUAAGAAAGAAGUAAGAAAGUACCUAAUAAAAUAUACGAAAAAAAUUCAGAUGAUAAGGAAAAAACAAAUGCUGAGUGCUGAAAAAUAAAGGUAGUAAAAGUAAAGGAAAAAAGCAAAGUAAAGAAAACCUUAGAAUUAACAAAGUUCAAAUCAUAUUAAUGUCAUGAUAAGAUAAUCCUCAGGAAGAGGAGAGAAAUUUUAAAGGCAAUCCUCUAAUAAAUCGUCAAAAGAACUCAAAAUUAAAAAUUCAAGAAGAGGUCCAAGCAACAAUGAAACUGGAGAUAAGUCCCAACUAUAAGCAUAAAUAUCUCUCAAGAAAAAUUAAAGAUAAGAUAUGGACGAACUUUUGUUUUAAGAAGCAGAUAGACAUAACGAUGAAUUAAAAAGUCAACUUAAGAAUUUAAUAAUGGGCUAUCAAUAGCCAAGCGAUGGCUAGCCUGCGAAUGGUAAUAAAAAGAGCAAUGAAAUUAAAAGUGAUUUAAAUGAAGAUGACAUUGAAGCGCAAAUCAAUGCUUUACUUCAAAAUUCUUUAAUUAAUGAUUUGGAAAACAGAUACACUAACUAAAACACUUUUUAAUAAUAAUGCCCUGACUUCCAAAUCAAAGAUGAGUAAUUCAAAUAAUUUUACUUAGAAAGCUAAUGA